AUGGGUCAUUGGAGGGAUUUAUUUCGGCCUGAUCGUGGCAGGGCCCGACACCGCGUUGAAGUGGAACGUCGUCGGCUCCUCCCGGCCUAUAGUGGCGAACAGUCUCAGGCCUCUGAUGCGUCCAAGGAAAUUGCCAAGGUCGCCCUUCGUCUGAAGUAUCAGAUCGAGCUGGUGGUGUCUUGCGAGGUGGAGCAGACUGUGUUGACCGACCCCAACAGCCGCAUUAUCACCGACGAUGUAGUUGCAACUGCGAGGCAAGCUGGAGGCGAAGAUUACAAGGCUUGUGUUGUCUAUUGUCUUCUUGUCUGUCUGCGAUGGUUCAAGCUCCAGUCCAGUGUCGAGCUCUGGGAUGCUGACCUCCAUGACCUUCGGGCUGUGGCUUGCGAGGUCAUUGCCAAGCGCAUUAUUGAAACUGAGCAGAAUCUGGACUAUUUGCUCCGGGAUAUCUUACUCAAGCGAUACUCUAUCUACAGUGAGGGUGUUGAGACUGAUCCAGCCAACGUCAUUGAACGCUCGGUCGACCUCCAUGCCUUGAGGAUCAUUAGCUCCGCUGGGUAUCAGAAGUGCAUUGACUAUCUAUGGAGGGGCUGGAUCUGCCAAGAAGAAGGCAACCCGACUAACUUUGUUGAUUACGAUGGGAAGUCCAACACUAGCUACUGGUCUCAUUUCCAUCCCGAUAGAAUGAGGACUCCUCUCUACCAGAAUACUUGCCAGAUCAUGUUCUCGUUGAUCUAUCUCGCUGUCUAUACAGCGGUGAUCAAUACGGUGAACCCGACUGGAGAUCUGGAUGUGGUUGAGGGGAUUCUCUACGGCAUGACUCUUGCGUUCAUCUGUGACGAGGGGAUCAAGUUCUGGAAAGUUGGAUGGAAUUAUCUCGAAUUCUGGAAUGCUUUCAACUCAACUUUGUACGCCAUUCUCGUGGUCUCAUUGGCAUUACGCUUUGUUGCCCUCGCACAUUCAUCGUCGACCCAGGAUGAGCAAAGGCAGCUAUACAAUGAGCUGAGUUACAACUUCCUGGCUUUUGCGGGACCCAUGUUCUGGAUACGCAUGAUGCUUUAUCUCGACUCAUUCCGCUUUUUCGGUGCCAUGUUCGUUGUUCUUCGCGUCAUGAUGAAGGAAAGUCUGAUCUUCUUUGCGCUUCUGUUUGUGGUGAUGGCAGGUUUCUUUCAGGCCUUCAUUGGAAUGGCCCAGGUGGAUGCGGAUGUUCCCAUUCAGAGAAACAUUCUCCAGGGUAUGAUCAAUAGUAUCAUGCAGAGUCCUGACUUCGACACUUUCCAAGAGUUUGCUUUUCCCUUUGGAAUUAUUCUCUAUUACGUUUUCAACUUCAUUGUUAUGACUGUGCUUCUGAAUAUUCUCAUUGCCUUGUACAACAGUGCAUAUGAAGAUAUAUCUGGCAAUGCUACUGAUGAGUACAUGGCGAUUUUUGCACAGAAGACCAUGCAAUUCGUCCGCGCUCCAGACGAGAAUGUCUUCAUUCCCCCGUUCAAUCUUGUUGAGAUUGUGUGUCUAGUCGCUCCAUUCGAGUGGUGGCUUUCGCGAGAGGCAUACGCCAAGUUAAAUGACUUUGUCAUGGCUAUCAUUUACUCACCCCUUCUGUUCUUUACAUCAUGGCUCGAGGCUCACCAGGCACAUCGGAUCCGCUGGAAUCGCCGCCAUGGAGAAGAAGAUGAUGAUUGUGCUCAGGAAUGGGAACAUGUGGCCCACGAGGUUGACUUUGAUCUUGAUGACACUUGGAAGGAGCAGGUGGCUGAAUCCACUCCGGAUAUCAAGGUUGACAGCUGUACAUAUGAGAUACGUGAGCUGAAAGAGCAGGUCAGGUUGUUGACUGAAAUGGUCAAAAAUCUGACACCAGACAAAGGGCAGGAAUAG